UCAACGAUAUUCAAAUGUGAUGUAGUUAUGUAGAGAGCGGCAUGCACAAAUUUGUUUGUUUGACCGUCUUAUGAUGUGAUAGAGAGAAAUUACAGAAGCUAUGUAACAAGGCAUUUGCCAAACGACUCGAAAUGAAUGCUGCAUUUUUCUCUGAGAAAUCAAAUGUCUUUCUCUUCCAUUAGGAAGACGCAGGAAACCUCAAGAAUCCUCUCCAUACUUUCAUUCUCUCUGAACCUCUUCCCCGUUUCACCUUACUAUUUCCUACAUCAAUCUUUUGCCACACAACUAAUCCCUCAGCACAAAGUCGAUUCAUUCCCUUCAUCACCAUCCAAUCACUACUAUUACGCUUCACUACUCGAGUCUUGUAUCUCUGCCAAGGCGUUAGAGCCCGGGAAACAACUCCACGCCCGAUUGUGCCAAUUGGGUAUUGCUUACAAUCUAGAUUUGGCCACUAAACUGGUCAAUUUUUACAGCGUCUGCAACUCUCUGCGGAAUGCCCAUCACCUGUUCGAUAAAAUUCCCAAAGGGAAUUUGUUUCUGUGGAACGUCUUGAUUCGGGCUUAUGCGUGGAAUGGACCCCACGAGACUGCCAUUUCACUCUACCACCAGAUGCUUGAGUACGGGCUCAAGCCCGAUAAUUUCACUCUUCCCUUUGUUCUCAAAGCAUGCUCAGCACUCUCCACAAUUGGAGAGGGAAGGGUCAUUCACGAGCGUGUCAUACGAUCUGGGUGGGAGAGGGAUGUGUUUGUGGGUGCAGCUCUUGUUGACAUGUAUGCCAAGUGUGGUUGCGUGGUGGAUGCACGUCACGUGUUUGAUAAAAUUGUUGACAGAGAUGCUGUGUUAUGGAACUCCAUGCUGGCAGCUUAUGCUCAAAAUGGACACCCCGAUGAAUCGCUUUCUCUUUGCUGUGAGAUGGCGGCAAAGGGUGUAAGACCCACCGAGGCAACUCUAGUCACUGUGAUUUCAUCUUCAGCUGACAUUGCCUGUCUUCCUCAUGGGAGGGAGAUCCAUGGAUUUGGUUGGAGACAUGGAUUUCAAUACAAUGACAAGGUCAAAACUGCUUUGAUAGACAUGUAUGCAAAAUGUGGUUCUGUGAAAGUUGCCUGUGUCUUGUUCGAGCGGCUUAGGGAGAAAAGGGUUGUAUCUUGGAAUGCAAUUAUUACUGGGUAUGCGAUGCAUGGUCUUGCUGUUGAAGCUUUGGACUUGUUUGAGAGAAUGAUGAAAGAGGCUCAGCCAGAUCAUAUAACCUUUGUUGGUGCUCUUGCAGCUUGCAGCCGAGGGCGUUUGCUUGAUGAAGGGCGAGCAUUGUAUAACUUGAUGGUGAGGGAUUGCCGCAUCAACCCCACGGUUGAACACUACACUUGCAUGGUUGAUCUCCUUGGUCACUGUGGUCAACUUGAUGAGGCAUAUGAUCUUAUAAGACAAAUGGAUGUAAUGCCAGAUUCUGGUGUAUGGGGUGCUUUGCUGAAUUCAUGCAAAACCCAUGGGAAUGUGGAGUUGGCAGAGGUGGCUUUGGAGAAACUAAUUGAACUUGAACCCGAUGAUUCUGGCAAUUAUGUGAUUUUGGCUAACAUGUAUGCUCAAUCAGGUAAGUGGGAAGGAGUUGCUAGAUUGAGGCAGUUGAUGAUAGAUAAAGGAAUAAAGAAAAACAUUGCUUGUAGCUGGAUUGAAGUAAAGAACAAGGUCUAUGCAUUUCUUUCUGGAGAUGUUUCGCACCCAAAUUCUGGUGCAAUAUAUGCUGAGUUGAAGAGGUUAGAAGGACUAAUGCGAGAAGCUGGGUAUGUCCCAGAUACAGGAUCUGUCUUCCAUGAUGUGGAGGAAGAUGAGAAGACAGACAUGGUGUGCAGUCACAGUGAAAGACUGGCUAUUGCAUUUGGACUCAUAAGUACAUUGCCAGGAACCAGGCUUUUGAUAACAAAGAAUCUACGAAUUUGUGAGGAUUGCCAUGUUGCUAUCAAGUUCAUCUCAAAAAUCACGGAGAGGGAGAUAACUGUGAGAGACGUCAAUCGCUAUCAUCAUUUUAGGCAUGGACUGUGUUCAUGUGGUGAUUAUUGGUGAAGAAGCUUAUCUUAACUAUACAAAAAUAUCAUUCACUCCAAGUUCUUUCGCUACAAUCUUUUAACUUAAGUAAAUUGAUGUUUUGUAAAAUUAGGGAUUGAAGUAGUCGGUAUUUAUAAUUUCAGUGGCUAGAAUUUACUCCAUGCUAAUAGUAGAGUCUCAUCUUUGAAGAGUAAUUUAAUUGUGCAAAGUAAAUUAACCAGCAUA